AUGUCAAACGUAUAUAACAUUGCCCGUCGCGGCCCCUUCGCGGCUCGUCGCCGCCCCUUCACGGCCCCGUCGCGGCGCGUCGCGGCCCUUCGCAGCCUUCGCGGCCCUUCGCGGCCCCACUUCCCGGCCCGCCCGCGGCUCUUCGCGGCCCCUUCGCGGCCCCCCCUACGCGGCCCCUCCGCGGCUCUGCCGCCCUGCCGCCCCGUCGCCCCGUCGUCGCCGCCUCCACAGCCGCGGCCGUCGCACCUGCUGCCGCUGCCGCUUCCGCCACGGCUGGCCGCCGCCGCAGCUACUGCCGUGACGACCGCCGCCACUGCUGCUGUGCCAGCCGCCGCUGCUCCUGCCGUGACAACUGCCGCCGCUGCAACUACGACAGCAGCCGCCGCCGUUGCUGUGACAGCCGCUGCCGCCGCUGUCGUGACAGCCGCCGCCGCCGUUCACUUUGAGGUCUGGCUUGACGACUUGCAGCUUUUCCUGCAGUGUGAUAGCAAAGACGAUGUCUCGCUGUACGACCUCACGUCUGGUGCUUCCCCCCAACCUGCUGCUGAUGCUGAUGCUACUGUUCGCUCGCGCUGGAACACCCGCGAUGCUGCUGCCCGCCUUGCUGUGCGUAGUCACCUGCCGUCUGCUGAGCGUGCGCACUUCACUCAGUUUAAGACCGCUAAGACCCUGUUCGAUGCUGUCGUUGCGCGCUACUCCUCCCCUGCCUCUGCUGCCCUUAGCCGCCUCAUGCUCCCCUACCUUUUCCCUGACCUCGCCGCCUUUGAUACAGUCGUUGACCUCAUUGCACACCUCCGCACUAGUGACACCCGCUACCGUGCUGCGCUUCCUGCUGAGUUCUGCGCCAAGAACCCCCCCCCCAUGUACAUCACCCUCUACUACCUAGUCACCCGCCUCCCUGACUCCCUUCGCUCAGUCAGGGACCACUUCCUGGCUGUCUGCCCUACCACCCUCAUCGUUGACCUCCUAGCGAAGGAGCUCCUUGCAGCUGAGCAGAGCAUAGUCGCUGUAGGAGCCUCUCGAGGUGACCCCCGUGCCCCUAUCUUUGAGGGGUGCUCCCCUGUUCCCCUUUUGCCCUCUGUUGCCUCUGCUGCUGCUGUCGACCUCCUUGGCACUGAGUCGGUCGGCGCUGCGUCUGCCCCUAGCGGGAGGCGCCGCAACAGCAAGGGCAAGGGAGGCAAGGGUGCUGGAGGAGAUGGCGGAGGUGGUGGUGGUGGUGGUGGAGGCGGCCGGGGGGGUGGGGGUGGAGGUGGGAGUGGGGGCGGAGGCGGGGGCUCUGGUGGCGGCGGUGGAGGCGGAGGCAGCGGCAACGGCAGCGAUGGGAGUGGAGGAGGUGGUGGUGGCGGCGGUGGCAGCGGAGGAGGCAGUGGCGGUGGUGGCGGUGGCGCUGGUCGGGGUGGCUCCGUGCAGACGGGUGGCUCUGGUGGUGGACAGCGUCAGCAGCAGCAGCGCUCUCGUCAGGCCCCGCCGCCCCAGCAGCUUCACCAGUGGUACGCUGGGCGUCAGCGGCCUGGGGGUCCUGGUCCCUGUACCUACGUUCUGCGUACUGGUGACCGCACUGGUGAGCCGUGUGGCGGCCCGCACACCACCCAGCGCUGCUUCGGUCGCCUGACAGACGCCUGGCGUAUCCGGUUCCCUGACGCCACUGAGCUCCCGCACUGGCAUGAGCUACUUAGGUCGGGGGUUCCUAUCUUUGAUCUUGACUAUGAUGCUAUCCUUGCUGCCAUGUGCUAG